AUGGGACGUCACACAAAUAUAUACCAGAGUAAAUUUCGGCUACCCGCUUUCAUACUCGCCACGAUUCCGAAUUCUGCUUUUGAGCACGCGUCGCCGACGGGGAACACGUCUUCGCCCUUGACAUCAAAAUGGCACAGGCGCCUCGGCGCGACCUACGCAUCGACACUGCUGACACCAGACGCACUUGCACUCUGGUCCGUCGUCGCGACCCGUUCCUGGCGUGCAGUUGACACGCAAGUCGGGGAGGCAUCAUCUAUAGGGCCAGCAAAUGUAAUGACUCAUUCUACCUGGGACGAAGGAAACGAAAACGCGGUCCGUUAUACACUGCGAACCGGGUUUCUAUUUCCGUCGGACAUUCUCCGCGCCUUCAAAACUAUCUAUCUAUCUAUCUAUCUAUCUAUCUAUCUAUCUAUCUAUCUAUCUAUCUGUCUAAUAUCAUAUCUAUCUAUCUAUCUAUCUAUCUAUCUAUCUAUCUAUCACAAUACAUGUCUGUCUAUCUAUCUAUCUAUCUAUCUAUCUAUCUAUCUAUCUAUCUAUCUAUCUAUCACAAUACAUGUUUGUCUAUAUAUCAAUAUAACUAUCACAAUAUCUAUCUAUCUAUCUAUCUAUCACAAUACAUGUCUGUCUAUAUAUCAAUAUAACUAUCACAAUAUUUAUCUAUCUAUCUAUCUAUCUAUCUAUCUAUUUAUCUAUCACAAUACAUGUCUGUCUAUAUAUCAAUAUAACUAUCACAAUAUCUAUCUAUCUAUCUAUCUAUCUAUCACAAUACAUGUCUGUCUAUAUAUCAAUAUAACUAUCACAAUAUCUAUCUAUCUAUUUAUCUAUCUAUCUAUCACAAUACAUGUCUGUCUAUAUAUCAAUAUAACUAUCACAAUAUCUAUCUAUCUAUCUAUCUAUCUAUCUAUCUAUCUAUCUAUCACAAUACAUGUCUGUCUAUAUAUCAAUAUAACUAUCACAAUAUUUAUCUAUCUAUCUAUCUAUCUAUCUAUCUAUCACAAUACAUGUCUGUCUAUAUAUCAAUAUAACUAUCACAUCUAUCUAUCUAUCUAUCUAUCUAUCUAUCUAUCACAAUACAUAGAUGCAGGUCAAGCCUUCCUUCGUCACAAUGCGAUUACCAAUUCUUCAAUCAUUAGCAUUCUUCAUUACUACUACGAAUGA